GUUGACACUAGUCCCCCCUGUAUUUACUCUUGGGAGCAUGGGAGUGGACAUCACUGCUAUGGUCCUUUCACUGGAAAGCUCCUGUGUUCAACGUUGCCAUCACAAAAGCUAGCAAGUUGUUUGUUUGAAAAUGCACAACUCCAGGAGGUUCUUGUUCCAGGUGUGUUUGAGUUUGGUGCUUUCCACAGGCUCCUGCACCUGCAAGCCAAUUGGCAAUGACAUCCACGUUGAUGAUGACCUUGAGGGAUUUUACUCACAACACUCCACACUGAAGGACCUUCUAGAGGAGGAAGACAUGGACUCUAGGAUGGCGAAUCUCCUCGGAACCAUUAAAGAAGACUUUCUGAGGAAACUCAACCUUUCAGAUGUACCUCAGGAGCACGGAAAAAUUAACCCGCCUCAUUUCAUGAUGGAGCUCUACAACAAGUAUUCUUCGGACAGCACGGCAAUCCCUCAGUUUGAUGUUAUUCGCAGCUUCAGUGUUCAAGAUAUUACACAUUCUGUGACAAACGGCCCAAAGUCAAGACAAAGGCUGCUGUUCAACGUCAGCAUACCCAGCUAUGAAAAGGUCAUCACAGCUGAAUUACAACUCUUCUUUCUCCCAGAUGCCAGGUCAAGGGUGACCCACAGUUUCACUGCCUCCGUCAACGUCUACAAAACGGAUUACAACGGUUUGAAAUCCAACCCACAGAUUUUGGCCUGCAAAGAAUUGAGAGGUUCUCAGAACAUGUGGGUGACUCUGGAUGUCACCUCAGCUGUACAGAACGGAGUCAUAUCAGGCCGUGGAAUAACUGGAUUUGAUGUCGUGGUGGACGGGAAUGGCUGUGAUGAUGAAAGCGGUGGUUGGAGCUUAAGCCUUUCAGUGGGAGAUAACGCCUCAGCAGCUUUGAUCGUCUUCUCAGAUGACCUUGGCAGCAGAAGGCGAGAGGCCAAGAAAGAACUCAGAGAGAUGAUCCUCCAUGAAGAAGAAACCAUCUUCCACUCGGCGGCGAACUGGAACACAGAGGAUCAUCUGGCCAACCAGAUUCCCGGAGCUCAGUAUCGUCGUAAGAGAAGAAAGGCCGAGCGGGAAUACUGCAGGCGGACGUCUCUCAAGGUCAACUUCAAGGACAUUGGCUGGGACAGCUGGAUCGUGGCACCUCCGGAAUAUGACGCAUUUGAAUGUCGAGGCUUGUGCUAUCACCCACUGACAGACGAAUCCACCCCAUCCAAGCACGCCCUCAUCCAGACGCUGAUGAACAUCCGCAACCCCAAGAAGGCCAACAUGGCAUGCUGCGUCCCCAUCAAGCUGGACCCCAUCACUGUCAUGUAUCAGGAGAAUGGACUCGUCACUAUCCGAUACUUAUAUGAGGAGAUGAAGGUGGCAGAAUGUGGGUGCAGAUAGUCAGAAAAAACAUGACUAUUACAUGUGUACAUCUGCUAUUGUGAUUAGUAAAACCGUAUUUAUAGUGUUCUGCUAUUUUAUGAAUGUAAAUCUGUACAUUUGUAAUUUCAAUAUACAGUUUCUUACUGCAGUAUCAGAAUAUACAGAUUGUUUUUGGUAGUCAACAGACCACAGCCACUUAAUAAUAACUGUACAUAGUCCAGUCGAGUACAUUGGUUUCUUCUACUAUGCAAAAAUGAUCAAAAAUCACGCAGGGUAAUUUUUACAUUUUAUGAUUAAACUGUGCCAUAUUACAUAAAUAAAGAACAAUGCAGAAUAAUCACUUUAAAAAGAUUAAAUACCGGUUAAUUAACAAUAAUCUUGGGCUGUCCGUGCAUUAAAUAUAUUGCAUUGAUAAAUUCUCUAUCAUGGGCCAGUGGUAGUGUAGUAGUGUACAUAACUGAUGGUCAUGAAUCAUUACAGCUGCAAAGUGCGGUUGGUUAGAAUCCCUUGAGUUAAGAAUAUAAAUAAAACAUAAUAUUUACUGACGUCAAUAUGUGAACCACCCAAAGGCCAAACUGAAAACAUACCAAUCAACUUUUGUUUAUCAAGUCAGUUAAAUCUCUCAGGAGGCUGAAAAGCUUAAUAGAUUAGCGAUUGUGACGGCAAGCAUUCUGUACCUACUGAGACGUUAAUUAACCAAAAAGAUUAUCCCAGCUCAAAGAUUACCAUUGCCAGUUAAGAAUAUGUGCGCAUACUUGACCCUGAAUAUUUUAGGGCCGGGCUAGUGUGAGCAAAUGUGAAUAAGUAAUGUCUACAUUUUGGUCUCAUGCACAUUGUAUACUGUGUGUAGAAUAGAAGCAAUGUUACUGGUGUUCCAUGAAAUACUUUUAUAUGCAUCUUAUGAAAGUUGAAGAGAUUGAAAGUUAAGGCAUUAAGCAUUUGGAGUGUUGCUGAAUAAGGCACAGAUGUGUUUGGAUCAGGACCUCGAAGGUCCCCAACUGAACCCAAACAAGGUUCUAUAGUUCUGUAGACUAAACUGCAAGGGUCAAAAGAGAGCAAGUUAACUUUGUUUUUGUUUCCACUGUGAAGGAACCUGCGAUUAAAAGCAGCUAUGCCACAUGUCUACACACACUCAGCUGUGAAGUGACGCAGACGAGACCACUUAACCGCACUAAAGUACACCCGCUGCCGUGAGCUUUUAUAAUACGAUAAUAUAUAAGUAUGAUCAGGCUUUUGAGCGUAUUUGAGUGCUUAAAAGUGCACGUUUGUGGGAAUUUUUGUCCAUUUACCUUGAGGGACAUUAGCAUUGUCAGUUGAAUGCUGUUCUAGCUGAUGGGGAUCAUUUACACCAAGCUAAUAUCAGCCUGCAUAUACAAUAUGCUGAAACAGAAAUGAUAUAAUUUUUGUAAGUGAUUACCUUUUCAAACGAUCACUGCGCAACAGAAAUCACAAUGUCCCAUUUGUUAGCUAUAUUUAGAGUAAGCCUGUGGGCAACUCAUGAGGUCCAUGGGGGCUACCUGGUGCCUGCGGAAACCACAUUGAUGAUACCUGUCCCAGAUAAUAUCAAGACAUAUUGUUUUUCUAUUUGUCACUGGUACAAUGUACAGAAAUAAUUGUUUAGUUGGGUUUAGUUGUAUUUGAUUGACCAGCAGAGGGGGACACGGCACCA